AGAACCCGACCCGGUUCUUUUUAUUUCCAGUGCCGUCUCUUGUUCGUAUCGGCGGCGCUCGGAGAUCAGGGAUCGCUAGUUUUGACGUCUUCUCCGUCGAGUGGAUUUCAAGAAUUUACUGUCGUUGCAUUGAAUUAGCUAGAUUUGGCCUUGAUAAAAUACGGUUUUGAGUGGAUGUGUAAAAUAAAAGAUUGCGGCCUGGUCGAAAUCUUAAUUGAGGAGCAAGAUCGUGUAUAAGAAGCCAUGGCCAAGCAUCAUCCUGAUUUGAUCAUGUGCCGCAAACAACCUGGCAUUGCUAUUGGGCGAUUGUGCGAGAAAUGCGAUGGAAAAUGCGUCAUAUGUGAUUCCUAUGUCCGCCCUUGUACUCUGGUUCGGAUUUGCGAUGAAUGCAACUAUGGUUCGUUCCAAGGACGGUGUGUCAUAUGUGGAGGAGUAGGAAUCUCAGAUGCUUACUACUGCAAAGAGUGUACACAACAGGAGAAAGAUAGAGAUGGUUGUCCUAAGAUUGUCAAUCUUGGCAGUGCGAAAACUGAUCUGUUCUAUGAGCGUAAGAAAUAUGGAUUCAAAAAACGAUGAUGAUCGUUGGUUGCUCCAGCUAUUGAUCUUUAUUAUUGCUAGGAAAGUGUCUGUACUUGUCUUGUUUGUGUUAAGGAAAUUUUAUCCACUGAAAAAUCUAAGACAUGGAUUCAAAGAAAGGAUUAUGGUUUGUUGAUUAGUUCGCCUUGUUACUUUGCUAUGGUUGGUUAAUGUCUCUUAAGUGGUUGUGAAUAA